AUGGCAAACGCCGCUGAGAAGAUCUCGGUCUACAAUCUUGCUGACCUCAAGAACACAUCCGACGAUGCUAUCCCCAACUACCUAAACUCUCUAAAGUUCCGCCAGUCUCAUACCCUCACCGAUGUUCGCCUUGCGCUCGGAUACACUGCUUUCGGUGUUGCAGCUGCUUGUUUCCUCUGGGACUACAAACUUGGCUUUGAGAGCACGAAAUACUACACAGCUGCUGCCGUUACACUCUACACUUUGAUCAAUGGCGCCUUGACACUAUGGAUUAUGUUCCGUGAAAAGGGUGUUGUGUACGAGGGAACUUCACCCUCAGGAGAAAAGAUCUCCAUCAGCAGCUCUACAAAGAAGAAUGUCCCUAUCUACAACCUCACUAUUACCGUCACUGAUAAGAACUCGAAAUCCACCGUUCACAAAAUCUCUAAGCCUUUCAGCGGCUGGUUCGACCAGACCGGCCAAUUUGUUGCUGUUCCCUUCCAGGAGCUCCUCGCCAACUCAGUACCUUUGAUCGGCAAGCGGGACCCCAAGCGUGUCACCGUCUCUAAGGAGUUGUUGGAUGCCAGCCCCGACGUUCUCGAUGCUAUUCUGGCUGCCAACGCCACUGGUGCCGAGGCCGCAUCCACACCAGAAGUAACUGAGAAGAGAGGUGGUAAGCGACGCAAGGCGUAA